UCCGAGGAUAGUUAACGCAUAUCGUGAAGAGAUACUGGAAAUACAAGUAAAUACGUGUCGUAUUAUGGGAAAGAAGAUUCUUAGUUAACUGCAGUUCGAUAAGAUCCGUCGUGCCGCGUAGAUCUGAUCGAACAGCAUUGACUUGAAGAUCUCAAGGAUUGGUGAAGAUAACAAGAGUAAAAAAUGGGUCCUGCGAUCGACAGGAUGGUGACACGAUUGAUUCUACUAAUCAUUCUUUCUUUUAUACCUGUAUGUCUUGGAUCUAAUACGAAAUGUCCAAGACAAAAAACUUCACCAGGCAAAGAAGUGAUUUGUUAUACUUUCAAAUCAGAUGUGAAUCUACUCAGAGAUUCAAUUUGUAAGUGCACCACUUUGGUACAUCAAGGACAUGAUAUACAAAAUCUUUCUAUUUCGGAUAUUCAAGAAUUUAGCGAAGAGCUAAAAGAAAUGAAUCCGCCUCUCCAAUUUGUCAUUUCUAUCAACGAUCCUGCAGGCACUCUCAAAACUUCCGGUAUGAGUCGUCAGACAGCUGUCACGCGUUUGGUUAACAUUCUAAACGAGGUUGAUGGUGUAGAAUUAAAUGUCACAGCAGGUUCAAAGGAACGUCUUUAUCAUUUCGUCAAGGGUCUCAAAGACGAGAUAGUACGAAAAUCGAUUGACAAAAGGAUACUGAUGUCCUUACCAACGAAACCAGAAAAUUUGGCGAAACAAUUCGAUUUAAAGAAGCUUUCGAAAUACGUGGAUCUAUUUACGAUCGCAUCUCAUUAUUUAGUGGACGAAGACGAAAUCUAUUAUACUUUCCAUCCUUCCCGUGUGAUGGGUCUAUUUGACAUGCUCAACACGGAUAGCUUAGUUGAUCUGAUAAGCGGAUUAGGAGCGCCAAAGAGAAAGCUCUUAAUUUCGAUGCCAGCCAGUGCUUAUAGAUUCAAUUUGAAGAAUGAGACAGAGAAUGCACCAAGGUCACGUACCGAGGACAAAUAUCCGACUGUCAUCGAUAGGAAAGAGUUUUGCGAAUCGAUGGAUGACGGAGAAUGGACGAUAGAAAGAGAUGAGGAUCUCACGGGGCCAUAUGCUUUCAAAAACAAAACAUGGAUCGCUUUUGAGGACAAAAUUUCUGCGGGCAUUAAAGGAAAAUAUGUAAUUCUACGUGAUCUCGCCGGUUUGGGUAUUUGGGAGAUAGAAAACGAUUUAAAAAGUAAUUGCGGAAAAACAAUCACUCAUGAUGUCUAUCAAUCUUUUACGAAUUUUAAGAGAAAGUCGCGACACGCUGUGCUCACUUCAUUAGAAGACGAUCUUCAUCAAGCAAUGAUUACUUACCCAAAUAAAGCAAAAUCGUCUGGCUAUAGAGUGGUGCGAGUAGUUGAUACCGAGGGACAUAUUCGUGCAGUACGUGAAAAUACCCAAACUGAAUUUAUCUGUACAAGACAAGGCUACUUCGUGCAUCCUAAAAGUUGCAACAGAUUUUAUCGAUGUGUCAAAUUUAAUCAAAACAUAGAGAAUUACUCGGUCUUCGAAUUUGAUUGUCCAGCUGGAUUGGCAUUCGACGAGCGUACGGAAGUUUGUGUUUGGCCAGGAUCUUUGUCUCAAGGAUCUCCAUGUCCUGGAAGCAGCGAAGUGGCACCUGCUCCUCAAGUUAGAUUUCAAUGUCCUCCUAAACCAGGAUACUAUGCUGAUCCACGAAAUUGUCGUUGGUUUUUUGCCUGCAUUGAUUUAGGUGGACCAGAAAUGAUGGCUUUCGAAUUCCGUUGUCCGUAUGACUUGGUCUUUGAUCAGGACAAAUUAGUUUGCGAGUGGCCUUGGUUGGUACCUAGUUGCUCAAAUUCUGGAUCGGGCUAUACAAGAAGCGAAUAUGACAUUCAUUUUAAUGGUGGAUCGUCUACUCAAGAUGCAGGUAGAUUUGUUACCGGUGGAAUACCCGACGGAUUUUCAGGAACAACUGGUGGAGGUUAUUACGAAACCAGUGCUGGUGGAUACACGGAUUCAUCCAAUACAAGAUUUACUGGUUCAUCUGGCACACGAUUUACUGGUUCAUCUGGCACACGAUUUACUGGUCCAUCUGGCACACGAUUUACUGAUUCAUCUGGCACACGAUUUACUGGUCCAUCUGGCACACGAUUUACUGAUUCAUCUGGCACACGAUUUACUGGUUCAUCUGGCACACGAUUUACUGGUUCAUCUGGCACACAAUUUACUGGUUCAUCCGUUGGACAAAUUGACGUUGGACAAUCAAGCUUGAAUACAGAUUACUCAAAAGUAACUGGAGAAUAUUCAACUGGAUCAGGAUAUACUAGUGGUGUCACAGGAUACGGAUCAAUUACUGGUUCACAUGGAAUUGGUGGACAAUAUACAGGAAGUGUAUCCGGUGGAUAUAAAGAUUCAACAAGUACAGAAUAUAUUGGAAUUCAAACAAAUUCUAAUGAAUCUGGAUAUUCAGGAUCAUCAGGAUCAUUAAGUAACGUUUAUCAGGGUUCUACAACUGGGCUCCAUACAGGAUUAGGAUAUACGGAAAGUAGCAAUAGUUUGUCAGGUUCACAAUCGCGUGAUCAUAUAUCUCCUAAUUCGGAAUAUUCGCAAGGAACGAAUGGUCCAUAUCGAGGUUCUAGUAGUACGAUCCAGGCUGGCAGUGGUUCUGCGGGAUCAAAUAUUGGUGGAUAUACCAUAUCGACCAGUACAUUAUCAGGUUCCCAAUAUACUGGAAAUUCCGUAACAGGUAAUGGAUAUUCUGGAUUAACUAAUGUUGGAUCAGAUUCCCAAUAUACUGGAAGUUCCAUAACAGAUAAUGGAUACUCUGGAUCAACUAAUACUGGUUAUAAAGGAGGAUCUGGAGGAAUUGAUUCCAGUUUAGGAUAUACAGGGUCGAUAAGUUCGGAUACACAAGGUUUUACCGAUCAGAAAGGAUCUGGUGGUUAUUCUGACAGCACAUUAUAUUCAGGAAUAACGAAAGGAACAGAAGGACAAGGAAGAUAUACAGGAUCGUCUGAACGUGGGUAUACUGAUUCUUCAAGUACAGGAUAUUCUCAAACUUCUUCUAUUUCUGGAUCUUCAACUGGAAUUGGACAUGCUGGAAUCGGACAUUCUGAUAUCGGACAGUCUGAAAUCGGACAACCUGGAAUAAUUGAUUAUUCAGGAUCUACAGGAUCUGAAUAUACAGGAUCCGGAUAUACAGGAUCAGAUUUUUCAACGAAAACAAAAUAUACAGGUUCAUUUGGUGCGGGCCACUUAGGAGAUUCUAGUAAUGUAUUUACAAGACCAACGACGAUAAGUUCAAAUUAUCCUGGUGGAUCGGUAGUAGGUGAAAAAGUUGUACCAGGAGUAUUACAAGGUGGAGAUUAUGGUACAACAUCGACAUUGAUACAAGGCCAUGGAGGUAGCAAUUCUCAAUAUUUUGGAAAUUCUAAAGAUUCCGAAUUACCUAGUUAUACUAUACCAGUACAAAUUAUUAGUGAAAUACCGUAUUAUAAGAAUGAUGUCACAGGUAGUAGUUCAGUAAAAGGCAUUAGUGAAACCGAGAAUGAUGGAAAAGCUGGUUCUGUUUCUACAUCAUCAGUAUUUACAAAUUAUCCGGGCCAAACAGGUACAUAUGUUACUCAUCAUACAGUAUCUUCUGGUCCUGUAUUUUCUAGUCAAUCUGGAAUCGAAACAAGUCAUACCAGUGGUACUGGAGUAACAAGCACUUUUGGUAAAAAUAGAUUUACAGAAAGUAAUUUGAAUAUUACAUUAAUGCUUGAUAGAACUUCGCCUACACCUGGCACAUUUUAUCAACAUCCUGGUUAUUCUGAUGGUUAUAAUAUUGGACAAGCAAACACUGGCACUAUCGUUACUGGUACUAAUAUUGAAGGAGCCAUAGUCACUGACGACUCCUCUUCUGGAUCUCUUAUUACUCAAGGAGAUAUAUCUGGAUCAAUAUUAACAGGAUCAACACAACAAGGUGCUGUUAUCACUGGAAGUAGUCAACCAGGAUAUGUAAAAUCACAAACUGGUACUCCUGGUUAUGUUGUAAGUGAUGGAGUUAAAACUAUUUACUCCGAAUCAGCUAGUCCAGGUACUUUCUUGCACGGAUCCAUAUCCCCAGGCGUUUCAUUAAGUGGUACUCCUACUUCUGGUAUAAUCUUACAUGGACAGAAUACCCCAGCUGUUCACUUAACCGGUCAAACUUCUAGCGGUGUCGUAGUAGGUGGAACUGUUCAAGAAGGUACUACUGUUGGGGGCUCCAUAGGAAGUCAUCAUUAUACUGAUUCUGGAUCAUCAAUUUAUAGUGGUAGUAAAGGUUCGGUUAAUGUAGGGUUAGUAACCCCUUCAAUCACUGAAAGUACAAGUUAUAAGACAAAUGAAUACCAUGACAACGGAGGCCGUGGUACCAUCACAUUUAAUAACGGUCUUGUUACCACUAAGUAUACUGAAAGUGAUCUUACAGAUUACAGAACAUCGAUCGGUACGCUUUCCGAUAAUGUGCCUGGAGAUAAAUUGCAUGGAGUUCAAGGUGAAAUAAGUUCCCCAGGAUACUCUUCAAUAAAAUCUGAUACAUUCACUCAAGGUGGCUUUACGAAAACAGGACCCACUAAGACAGGUUAUGUAACUGCAAGCUUAGGUGGUAAAGGAUCUUAUGUUGCCAGUACUGGUCAACGAGUUACAACAAAUUAUGAUAAAAUUGGAGAAAAUGCUUUCGAAGGAAAUGUUGCCGGUUACACGAAAACGUCUAAGACCUUUUCAAAUGUAGCUACAUCAACUGAAGCACCAGAUGCUACACACAUCGACACAUCAAAAAUCACUUUAGGUCCAGCUAUAUCACAUUCAGUAUCAAAUAUUUACGAAAAUACUGGUGGUAUACAAUCUUCUACGUCAAGUUCAGUUUCUUCCACAAGUGGCAAAGUGCCUUAUACAGUAACGACACCAUCUUAUCUCGAUGUUGGAAUUUAUCAAACACCAACGAUUGUGGAUUCUGCAGGAGUGACACCUAUAUCUACUGUAGUGAACACGUACAACAAGCCAGGCUUCGUGACUGGACAAGUUUCAACAGGAUUUGUUGAACAUAAACAAUCAACACCUACAGUAUCCUCAGGAAUUUACACUACUGGACCUACACUUGAAAACUACAAGACAACAGUUUUCGAAGCAUCUAAAAUUCCAAUAUCCGUAUCUACCCUUCAACCAGUGUUCGAUAACGAUUACAAAACUGUCAUUUCUCCAACUUCUAUUCCAGUGAGCUUGACCGGCGAUACAUACACUUAUAAGGAUAGUCGCUUCAAUACUGGAUCUCUUUCCACGCAUGCACAAUCUGUCUUCGAAACUGGAGUUUCCCACCAAUCAACUGGUUUAUAUAAUCAAACUGAUCACAUUUCUGUUACCACUUUACCUUCAGCCUCUAUAUCUUCUGGAUAUGUUCCUGGAAAGUCAAGUCCAUCGACAAUAUUUGGAACUUACAAACAACCGACUGUAACACUGCGACCAAAGGUCCAAUAUGUACCUAGUAACACUAUACCAUCUGUCUCAAAUGGUUUUAAUGGAUAUACUUAUACAGAAGGGAACAAACCAUUUGAAGAAAGUGUUACACCGUCAACAAUAAUUCGUCAGCAAUCCACAGAAAGUAUACGGCCACAGUACGUAUCAUCAACUACACCGUCGUCUUCUGCUAUCGGAGUGACCUAUACGAAACCAAUCUCAAUACCUGAUAUUACUUACGAUCAGACUACUCCAGAAUCAAUUUCAAUAAUCGAUGACACAUCAUCUAGCCAAGAUUACACGUCAAAAACGAAAACAUCAUUUGGAUCGAGCACCACUUUUGGAGGAUCACCAACGAAUUUGGAUAUCUCUCGGGAUAAAGUAAAGACUCUUGUCAAUAACUACAACAGAGGAACAGUCAAAUAUAUUCCUAGUGUGUAUGACACUUACACUGGAAUCGACAGUACAAGUUCUACAGGAUCAACUUACAGUGGAUCAAGCAGGAAACAAUCAUCUUUUUCGUCUUCAGUUGGCCAAACUUACAUAGGAUCAACGAGAACGCAAAGUACACCAAUUAUAACAACCUAUUCAGGUGGUUACACCAAAACAUCAUCAGUAACACCAUCUUAUGAAAUAAGUAUGAAAACAACUGCAGCUCUAAGCAAAGGCAAAGUUAUCGUUAAGUGGAGCGAUCUUCAUCCGUUACUUCUUAGCAAACUCGGUGCAGAGUGCACUUGCAAAGCUGAUCCUUUUGCAAAUCUUCGUGGUCCUGGUAAGAAAUUAAUUGAUUCGUCAAAGGGUCAAAUAGAUCUUGCCAAUUACGAUGAGUCAGAUGUCUAUGUCGAUCUCGAAAAUGAUGGCUCGAGCGAAUACGAUUAUGUUACAAAUUACGACUCCUCCUCGCCGAAACCCUUCAAAAUUGAAAAUAAGGCCGUCACUGAAACCACUCAACCUUCCUCAACCUAUUUACCAAGUAUAUCUACCUCUAUUAAUCGCAGUUAUAUUCCCGGUGUAAGAGCAGGAAAGAAACUGGAACAAGGUAGCUCGAAUACCAAUUCAAUUGCUACAUCAACCAGCUUUAAUAGCUUCGUUUCAAAAGCUCUUGAGGAAGCCGAUAAGAUUCUUGAAGGUCCCAAUGAUUGUGCCAGACCUGGCCUCUUCAGACAUCCAAACUUCUGUAAUAAGUUCUACGCUUGUCACUGGGACGAAUGGAAAAAACGAUUCACUCUUCAUGUAUUUAAUUGUCCGGUGCAUUUAACCUUCGACAACAAUGCCGAUGCCUGCAACUGGCCCAGCAAGGGACCAGCCUGCCAAGAUGGUAACUUACUGGUUUAGAUUAUGAAUUGCUUCUUCUUUUGUUCGUUCUUUGAUGAUUACGAACAAUUUUCUUCUCUGGUACCGUUUUCUUCUUCGUCUUUUGGAAUUUUAAGAACUGUUGAAACGAGUGUAAAUUGAGAGAUCACGUCAAACAUAAUGGCAAUCACUGGCAUUCUAUCGUCAUGAACCUUGCUAACUAACUUCUAAAGAAAGCUUACGCCGAGGUACUGUUAUUUUCAAUGAAUUUGUGCUUUCAAAAAGUUCUCCCUAAAAGCAUACAAACAAAAUGAACGAAAUGGAAAAAAUAGAGAUAAAAUUUUACGAAAAUUUUCAACUGCUUAAAGACACGUUUAAGUAGUUUUCUUUCUAAAGAAACACGUCGGUAAAUCUGAACAAAAAAAAUAUACCGUCUCAUUUAAAUAAUUUUCUAUGAGAAGAACUAAUCAUUUUCAAGGAAAAGUAUGCGCUUCUUUGUUUCUUUCUCAGACAAUAACGUAGAAGUUAAGUAACGACGAAUGAUUUGAAAGAUUCUUUAUUUUUUCGUUUCCUGUAUGAGUACAAAUCGAAACAAAAGAUCGCAAAGACGUGGAAGUUUCUCUCAAAAAAUUUAUGACAAGAAGCUGAUCUAUUCCAGUUCGAAAAGAGGAUGUAAAAGACAAAGGAGAUCUAAGGCAAAUGUAGUGGAAACACUGGACACGCGAGAACACAUUGUCGCCUCUCGAGUUAAAGUGAAAGUCGACACCGUUGUGAUCGUUGAUCCAAAUCGACGCGAGAAAUCGAUAAAAACGAUUCCGAUACAAUAUCCUCGUGAGCAACUGUAAAUAACUUGCCUUUCCUUAUUUCUCUUUCCAAAUUUGUAUAUAUCUAUUAGUAUAUGCAUAUAUGUAUAUAUGCAUAUAUAUAUGUAUAUGUAUAUAUAUAUGUGUGUGUGUGUAUAGGGUAUUGUCUCUUUUCUUGGAAACAUAUGAAAAGAGAAAUUUGAACGAAGGAGUUCUGGAUUAAUUAACGAAAGAUUCAUGAGAAAAUUGACAAGUCGAAUACUCGAAAAUGUUAUUAGUUAUUAUAAUGACUCGUGUGAGUAUAUAUUGUUCAUAAGAUUAAUUAUUUUAAUUAAGGAAAUUGUACGUAAUUUAACAAUACAGAAUUUAUCUUUAAUCGGUAAUACAAUUUAACGAGGGAUUCGUUUGAAACGUCUGAAUUACCCAAACUUUUCUUUUUUUGUUUUUAUUAUUAUUUUUUAUUUAUCUCUGUGUUCAAUCCGUUCCUAUUUUGCUCUAUUCGCUCUGCCACGCUACGACUUUGUCGUCAAUUUUAUUAUCUAUUAUUUAUUUCGUUCGCUUGUUUUAAUUAAUUAAUAGCUUUUAAGUGUGGCGAUUCAAAUGCAAUAUCGAUUUUCUUGUCUAUCCUUCUAAUGUAACUCUUUAUUUUUUCUUCUUUGAAUAUUACGAAUUAACUCUCUAAAAUUUAAUUUUUUUAUAUCUAAAAAAAAUUAUACAAUGUGAAACUUAUAACUUAUAUUAGUAUAACUAUACUAAGUUAAUCUAUACUCAAUAAAUGUUAAUAUUCGGGUACGAAGUAACAAUUAAUUUUAUAGUGAAAAAUGAAAUAAGACUUAAAAAAAAUACAGAUAUAUGAAUACCUGAUUUAAAAAUUAUAUAAUAUUUUAGAGGGUUAAGAAUGUUUUCUUAGAUAUUAUUCUCUUCUUUGCACCCUAAGUUAAAGCUUCUAUCGUGUCUAUCGCGUCUGUCGUGCCAUUUCAUUAUGGUUACCUCCUGUUAAUGAUUAUAGAAUAAAUGUGAAGUAUAACAAAAAA